AAACUAAAUGGAAAUUGGCAUAGUCCGCAAAUUUCCUGAUUUCAAUAAUGUAAUCAAGAUUUGAAAUUAUAGCGAGCGCUAGAAAUUUGGUAUGCAAGUAUUGUAUGACAAUAACAGGGGAGUGCAGUGCGCAGUGCCUUGGGCUUUUGGAAAAUGGGCGAUGCAUUGGCAGAGUUAGAGCUCAAGCUCAGAUCACCGAAGAAUAAAUUGACAAAUGAAGAAGAGAAUGUUCUGCGAGAAUGCAAAGAAAAGGCAGUUAGAUUUUUUAUGACUGGUGGUUUAGUUGCAUUGGGAGUGACAUGGGCAGUUACACGGCAAUUGACGCUUGUCAGUAGAUUGAACACUUCUGGAGCUGCAGCUGUCCUAAGUGGGAUGUGGGGAUCUGACAAGGCCCUUAAUUCAUGCCUGGAUCAUAUUCUCUCCUUGGAAGGGAGUCGCUUACAAAGAGAGCUGGCAACUAUUUUGCUGACCAAGCAUAGCAACAAUCCUUGGAGAAUGCGACUUGUGAAUAAGCAUUACUACCUAGAGAAAGUUUUUGAUGAUUCAAAUAUGGAAGUACCAUUGUCAAGGUGGCGUCACAGAAAUGUGUCAGGGGAUGCUUGGUCUGUUCAGAGAAUCAAUGAUGUAAAAUAUGGUGGUGGAAUAAUGGAAAAGUUUCAAGGUUCCACAAAUACUGCUAUCUCUGGAAGUAAUCAUGUAGAAGAUUUUCUUGCAGACCCUCUAGAUUUUGUCUUUGGCCAUCCUAAAAGAACUGAAGAUUCUCGUCCAGAUUUUGGAGGCACCCCACAAAGAAGGCACAGCCGUAAGCACCGAAGGGCUCUUCAUAGGCACAAGGUUUCAACUGCUACUGCAAUGCGAGAUAAUGAGGGCAAUGCUUGACUGCCUCAAGCCUGUGUAUAGGAGUUCCUACUUAUUUCUUUUAAGUAAUGUCUGCAAUGCACAUUCUGGUCUGGAGGAUUUGAUUCAUAGGCUCAUCAAAAACAUCAGAUCAUACAAUUUCUUUUUUGUUUGCUGUAAACAGUAAAAGUAUAAUCAAGAGUAUUGUGGUUUAAAAAUGGCUUAUUUGUACCA